GAAAUUUGAUGCUGCAGUGGGAGAUAUAACAAUUCUGGCAAAUCGAUCUCGAUACGUAGAUUUUACAUUGCCUUACUUGCAAUCACAUGUGUCCAUGGUUGUGAAAAUAAAAGAUGAUGGGAGAAAGAAUAUGUGGAUAUUCUUAAAGCCUCUGAGUUGGGAUCUUUGGUUAACAACAGGGGUAGCAUUCAUCUGCACAGGCUUAGUAGUGUGGGUUUUGGAACACCGAAUCAACAACGAGUUUGGGGGUUCGGCACGGCAACAAGUCGGAACGGCUUUUUGGUUCUCCUUUUCAACUCUAGUGUUUGCUCAUAGGGAGAAGAUCAUAAGCAAUCUGUCAAGAGUCGUGUUGAUUAUAUGGAUAUUCGUGGUACUCAUCCUCACCCAAAGUUACACUGCAAGUCUGGCCUCGAUGCUAACCGUGCAACGACUGCAACCGACAGUAGUAGACGUCAAUGAGCUAAAAAAGAAUGGCGAUUUUGUAGGAUACGAGACCGGUUCAUUUGUGAAAGACCUUUUGGUAAAGCAAUUGGACUUAGAUGAGUCUAAGUUGAAGAACUAUGGUACUGCAGAGGAGUUUGACGAAGCAUUAUCAAAGGGAAGCCAAAAUGGUGGUGUCGGUGCGAUUUUCGGAACACAGCACUGUGUCGAGCUUUUUCUUGCCAAGUACUGCAACAAAUAUAUGACAGCCGGACCGACCUACAAAACCGACGGACUUGGUUUCGCCUUCCCACAAGGAUCUCCUCUAGUGGCCUACAUAUCCAGGGCAAUCUUGAGUGUGACUGAAAACAAAUUAAAAAUGGAUGCUUUGGAACAAAAAUACUUUUCACAACUAAAACCUUGUCAAAUCGGCAGCGAACGAACUACAAUUUCGUCCGAUAGUCUCGGCUUGUACAGCUUCGGGGGUCUCUUCAUCAUUACGGCGGUUGCUUCAGUGUGUUCACUCAUCAUUUACUUCACUGAAUUUCUGCAAUCGCCUUGGAACGCAGCCCACACCGUGCAUGACAGUUCGGUUUGGUCUAGAAUUAGUGAAUUGGUAAAGUAUUUGAUGGCCAAUCUCCUCCACAAAGUGUCGUAG